AUGGCUCCAAUUGACGUACCUAGCUUUGCUGACAAGCAGCUAAGAUUGCUAGCUGCAGAACUCAACGCCGAGCUCGAAGAAACGGCUCUGCUUACCGCCACUCAUGCUCCAUCCACUCUCGCUCGCGCCGGUCUGGCUGUCCUAAAUCUCGCUGUGAGCGCUCAGCGCACCGGCCUGGGUGGUAAGUCUCUAGUCGAACUUUCUCUGGACCCUGCCAUCGCCGGCACUGAAACUCAACUCCCCGAACAUGGAUUGCGCGUGGGCGAUAUCGUCGGUGUUUCCGAGCAGCCAAAGGGCGCCGAGAAGAAGAAAGAGCGUCAGGACAUGGAGAAGAAACAAAUUCAAGGUGUCGUUGUCAAGGUCUUGCGGGAGAUUAUUGUUGUUGCUCUGGACAAGGAUGAAGUUGAUAUCCCUGGCGGAAAGCUUUGGCUUGUCAAGCUCGCGAAUGAUGUUACGUACAAGAGAAUGAACCAAGUCAUGACCAAGUUGUUGAAGAUGCCUGAGAGCGAGCACUCUACGCUCAUGCGCGUUCUCUUUGGCCAGUCGUUAGCAGUGUCAGUCCAGCCCAGAGAUCUGGCAAAAGACCUUGAGUGGUUAGAUCCCUCCCUCAACGACUCACAGAAGGAAGCCAUCAAAUUUGCUCUCGCCUCUCCUGAGGUUGCUCUUAUUCACGGACCGCCGGGAACAGGAAAGACUCACACAUUGAUCGAGUUGAUACGUCAGUGUCUCAAACAAGAUCUUCGGCUGUUGGUUUGCGGACCCAGCAACAUCUCGGUCGACAACAUCGUUGAGAGAUUGUCACCACACAAAGUACCAAUGGUCAGACUUGGCCACCCAGCCCGAUUGUUGCCAGGAGUCCUGAACCACAGUCUGGAUAUCCUGACUCGCACCAGUGAUGCCGCUGCCUUGGUCAAAGACAUUCGCAAUGAGAUGGAUGCCAAACAAGCGAGUAUACGCAAAACGAGAAACGGCAGAGAACGAAAAGCCAUAUAUGGCGAGAUCAAGGAGUUGCGCAAGGACUACCGCCAGCGCGAAGCCUCUUGUGUGGACAGUCUUGUCCGGGAAAGUAAAGUCGUCCUUGCGACUCUUCACGGAUCGGGAGGCUUCUAUCUGAAGAAUCAGAAGUUCGACAUAGUUGUUGUCGAUGAAGCUAGUCAAGCCUUGGAAGCACAGUGUUGGGUACCGCUUUUGACGAGUGGAGCCAGCAAGCUGAUUCUCGCCGGAGAUCAUCUGCAACUCCCACCUACCAUCAAAAGCUCCAACUCAAAGUCGAACAAAAGUAAGCCCAAGGCAGAUCUAGGCGACGUCAGCUUGGAGACCACGCUCUUUGACCGCAUGCUUGAUCUCUAUGGGGAUGACGUUAAGCGCAUGCUAACUAUCCAAUACCGCAUGCACGAGAAGAUCAAUGCGUUCCCAUCAGCCGCACUGUACGAGUCGAAACUCAAGGCGGCGGAGGGUGUCAAGGCAAGGCUGUUAAAAGACUUGCCGUACGACGUCGAGGAGACCGAGGAUACGACCGAACCCGUGGUCUUCUGGGACACACAGGGUGGCGAAUUCUAUGAAAAGACAGACGAUGGCGAUGAUGCACCAAAGUCGAAGAGCAGCCUCCUAGGAGAGAGCAAGAGCAAUGAACUCGAAGCAGCCAUCGUCAAGAAGCAUGUCCAGAGUCUGGUCGAUGCUGGUGUCAAAGCAGAAGACAUUGCUGUUGUCACACCAUACAAUGGCCAGCUUGCUGUACUGUCACAGCUGCUCAAAGAGAAGUUUGUUGGCAUCGAACUCGGGAGUAUUGAUGGGUUCCAAGGCAGAGAAAAGGAGGCUGUGGUGGUCAGCCUUGUCCGCAGCAAUGCAGAGCACGAAGUAGGCUUCCUCGCCGAGAAGCGAAGACUCAACGUCGCCAUGACUCGACCAAAGCGACAUCUCUGUGUAGUUGGCGAUUCCGAGACCGUAGGCCGUGGUAGCAAGUUCCUUAAGAGCUGGAUGGAGUUCCUCGAGGAGAAUGCGGACCUGCGCUACCCGGAUCUAGACGACGUACUACGCGAGGAGUAA